UUCUCCGGCGGGGUCUGGCCUGGGUGGGGCCGGUCUUGCUCAUUAAGCUGUUGGAAGCUGGAUUUCCAUCAGCUCUCCAGUCUUCUAAUGACAGGGAACUGCAGACAGCGGGCUCCAUGUACUUUUUCAAAAGCUGCUAUAAGCUGUGACCAUGACUACCGAAGUGGGUGCCACAUCUGAAGUGAAGAAGGAAUCUGACCAGUUAGGAGCAGAUGCAACCAAGGAGAAACCUAAAGAAGUAGCAGAAAAUCAGCAGAAUCAGCCGUCUGAUCUAGAGGAGGAGAAGGGUCCCCAGUCAUCUCCUACAGCUGAAAGCCAAAGCAGCACACGCCCCCAGAAGAAGAAAGCGAAAAGUCCCUCUGCGAGCAGAGGGGUUUCUCGGUUCAUCCCCCCAUGGCUUAAGAAACAAAAGUCCUAUGACUUAGUUGUGGCCAAAGACGGAGGAGAUAGAAAAGAGCCUUCCCAGGCUGUCGUGGAAGAGCAGGUUUUAGAUAAAGAGGAAUCUCUUCCCGAAGAAGAACAGCUGGCUAAGGGUGAUGCUGACGAGACAGCUCAGAGAAAACAACAGGAGAUGAAGGCUGAUGUCAAGGAAGAGAAACCUUCAGUGAGCGGUCUGGAGACACAGCCUGUUGAAGCAGUAAGUAAGGAGAGAGAAGAGGAGAAGGUAAAGGAAAUACAAGAGGACAAACUGGAUGAAGCAGCAAAAAGGGAGACCAAGGAAGUGCAGACCAAUGAGCUAAAGGCAGAGAAGGCCUCUCAGAAAGGCCCCAAGAAGACCAAAACUGUCCAGUGUAAAGUGACCCUCCUGGAUGGCGCCGAGUACACCUGUGACCUGGAGAAACGUGCUAAGGGACAAGUGUUAUUUGACAAAGUGUGUGAACAUCUCAAUCUCUUGGAGAAGGACUACUUUGGACUUUCGUUUCAGGAAAUCCCUGAGCAAAAAAACUGGCUAGAUCCUGCAAAAGAAAUAAAGAAACAGCUGCGAAGUCUUCCCUGGCUGUUCGCUUUUAAUGUGAAGUUUUAUCCUCCUGAUCCCUCUCAGUUGACUGAAGAUAUCACCAGAUACUUCUUGUGCCUUCAGCUCCGGCAGGACAUUGCCUCUGGCCGCCUGCCCUGCUCUUUUGUGACUCAUACCCUCCUGGGAUCUUACAUACUGCAGGCUGAGCUUGGGGACUAUGACCCAGAAGAGCACGGCAGUAAUGACCUCAGUGACUUCCAGUUUGCCCCCAGCCAGACGAAGGAGCUGGAGGAGAAGGUGGCAGAGCUGCAUAAAACCCACAGGGGCUUAUCUCCAGCACAAGCUGAUUCUCAGUUCUUAGAAAAUGCAAAGAGGCUUUCCAUGUAUGGUGUUGACCUGCAUCAUGCCAAGGACUCCGAAGGCGUGGACAUCAAGCUGGGCGUGUGUGCCAACGGGCUCCUCAUUUACAAAGACAGACUGAGAAUCAAUCGUUUCGCUUGGCCGAAAAUCUUGAAAAUCUCCUAUAAGCGCAGUAACUUCUACAUUAAAGUUAGGCCAGCAGAGCUGGAACAGUUUGAGAGCACCAUUGGAUUUAAACUGCCAAACCAUCGGGCGGCGAAAAGGCUAUGGAAAGUGUGCGUGGAACAUCACACGUUCUACAGGCUUGUGUCUCCAGAGCAGCCACCAAAGGCCAAGUUCCUGACCUUGGGGUCCAAAUUCCGCUACAGCGGCCGUACCCAAGCGCAGACCCGCCAGGCCAGCACCCUCAUCGACAGGCCAGCGCCACACUUCGAACGCACCUCUAGUAAACGGGCCUCCAAGAAUCUAGAUGGAGGUCCAGUUGGUGCUGUGGACCAGAGUCUUAUGAAGGAUAUUCCUGGCCCUGCUGGGGAGGUUUCAGCACGUGGCCCUGGAGUUGUCAGCACAGCUGUGGUACAAGAUGGCGAUGGCAGAAGGGAUGUCAGAAGCCCAGCUAAAGCCCCCCAUGUGCAACUCAUUGAAGGAAAGAAAAAUUCCUUGAGAGUAGAAGGGGAUAAUAUUUAUGUCAGACAUAGCAAUUUAAUGUUGGAGGACCUGGAUAAGGCCCAGGAGGAAAUACUGAAACAUCAGGCUAGCAUUAGUGAACUCAAGCGCAAUUUUAUGGAGUCCACACCUGAGCCGCGCCCUAAUGAAUGGGAAAAACGACGUAUCACACCUCUGUCCCUACAGACACAAGGGAGCAAAGGAGACCAUCUUUUCAAGGAUAUUUUAUCCGUGAAGGAGAAGCACCAGAUGGCGGCAGCACACACAGUUGAAGAAAAACCCGAGGAGGCAGACAAGAGCCUAGAAGAGGAGAUAACAUCCAUUUUGUUUAGUGAAAAGGGCUUUUCUGAUAGCAUGAAAGCCUCCUUCACCUCAGCCACCACUUGGACAGCAGAGGGCACUGUUGUGAACCAUAAUGCACCUUAUGAAAAGCUUUCUUCCUCGCCCUCCUCCUCACAGUUGCCUGAGAAACGCGCUCCCGAGUCCGAAGGGCCUUGCGCCGGAGCCAGUGAUGCUGUUAAGAGUUCACAUGAGACUCUGAAUGUAGUGGAGGAGAAGAAGCAGGCAGAGGUUGGGAAAGACGAAAGAGUAAUCACGGAAGAAAUGAACGGUAAAGAGCGAUCACCUGGGCGUGGUCCUGGGGAGAUGCGGCAGGUGGAGCCUCUGACGCAGAAAGACUCCACCUCCCUGUCUUCUGAGAGCAGCAGCAGCAGUGAGAGCGAGGAGGAAGACGUGGGGGAGUACCGGCCCCACCACCGUGUGACUGAGGGCACCAUCAGGGAAGAGCAGGAGGAGGAUGAAGAAGAGGCGGAGGAAGAGGAGCCCGGCCCAGCAGCCAAGGUAGUAGAGAGGGAGGACCCGGGGCCAGAAGCCAGCCCGGUCACCCAAGCAGGUGCCAGUGUCAGCGCAGUAGAAACAGUGAUCCAGGAAAAUGUAGUUGCCCCUCAAAUGCCCGCCGAGAAGAGCGUAAACGAAGGCGUUGUUAAGCAAGACAUGCGCGAAGAACCCGAGGACGAGCCACAGAAAGUGAACGGAGAGGUGUCUCAUGUUGACAUUGAUGUUUUGCCACAAAUUAUUUGUUGUUCAGAGCCACCAGUGGUAAAAACAGAGAUGGUAACAAUUUCUGAUGCCUCACAAAGGACAGAAAUCUCCACCAAGGAAGUCCCUAUUGUCCAAACUGAGACCAAAACCAUCACAUAUGAGUCUCCACAGAUUGAUGGCGGGGCUGGUGGUGACUCGGGCACGUUACUGACCGCACAAACCAUCACAUCUGAGUCUGUGUCGACAACGACAACCACACACAUCACCAAGACUGUAAAAGGUGGAAUAUCUGAAACAAGAAUUGAGAAACGCAUCGUGAUCACGGGAGAUGCAGAUAUUGAUCACGACCAGGCUCUGGCCCAGGCCAUCAGAGAAGCCAGGGAGCAGCACCCCGACAUGUCGGUCACGAGGGUGGUGGUGCACAAAGAAACCGAGUUGGAGGAGGGAGAAGAAUAAGAAAUUCAUUUUCUAGACAACAUUCAACUUGUGAACCUGAAGAAUUUUGACCAUUCCAAGUCUUAAUGCCACACCACUGCUCCAGCCAAUUUAUACUAUGACCGGUAACAAUGGCCAGAAGCCCGAAGAAUUAAAAUGCCAACACCAAACCUUACCUUAACAGCUCUGGUCUCUACUGUUCCCUCGCAUUUUAAUAGUAUUAUUUUGUUUUAUAACCACUUCUAAAUAUUCUUGGUUAUUUUUCUUUCUUUUUUUUUAAUUAGAGAGUUUUGUUUCUGUUUUCUGUUUACUUUGUGUACAACUACCUGCUUUUUCUGACUCAUUUUGAUCAAAUGAUAGUGAACAAAGCCAGCCCGAGCUGGUACGGUGCUGUUCACUUGAACAGGUGCUGUUGUGCAGAAAGGAAACUCUGUGACUAAUUUAGGUAGUGGCUUUCCUUCUUCCAGAUUUCUUCCCAUUGAGUUCUUACAAGUAAAUAUUUACAGAGUUUUCAGAUUGCAGUAAAUAUACUGUAUGAGAAAAUAUUAAUGCAGAUUAAAAGCAUUUCUGACAUCAUGAAAAUUUUCUAAUGUUUGAGAAUUUGGGGAUAUUUUGUAUAUUGAACCCUUUUGACUUUCCAGUCCUGUGACUUUUCACUUUUAGUAGAAAGUCCGGGAGUCUGCAGCCUGGAGAAUCAAGAGGAGGUUCAUUGACCACGCACUGUGUUUAGAGACCCUCUCGCACCAUAUGCCAAUGUUUCUCAGACACAGGCUCUUCGGCAGCAUUCCAGAAACAGGGAGGAAGAGAAAACGAUGUCUUCCCCUCGACUAAGUAUGCAGGCAGCUUAAAACCUUAGUGCUUUCUUUAACAUGUCCAAAUUUCAAUGCUUUCCAUUUGAACACUUGUGUAGACCACUUGCUUUGUAUUAAACUUCCCUGUCUACAUGUAACACUGACCUUUUGCUAGUGAGCAGGUAGAUCUCUUUCAGACAGCGUGAUGACUCACACAGGUGUGAGGACACCGGGGAGAGGAGUAGGGCUGUGGUGGUUUUUGAUGGUUGUAAGAAAAGCUGUACCAUUUAAAGCUGAUGCCAGAGACCAGUUAGGGACUGAUUAACUGUAUUGAACAGUCUUUCCUUUGCUUUUCCCCCUGUAUAGUUCUGAUGCCAGAUUAGAUUUCUAGCAGCUUCAAGUUGUAUUAAAUGAUAUUUUGCUUUCUGUAAUACUGUUAUAAAAUAAAGUUUGUUUAUUCUCUAAA